AUGUGUAUCAAGCUAAUACGACACUUCGAAUGCUCGAUCAUGGUCGAGCACACGCGCGAGUACCUCGCCAGGUGCAGCAACCCGACAUACCUAAUCGAGGACUUGGUGGGGAGCCUCCCGGGGCCGGGCGGCCUAGGACGCCGGCCUUGCCUAGACGAGGGAACUCUGGAGACACGGGAGGAAUGGUACAAGCAGGCCUGCCCGGACUGCACGGGCGAGAACGAAGCCCCGAAGGAAGGCUGCUCCGGGGUCAUCGAGCACAACAUUCCCGGCCGCGGCGACGACCGCCGCUACGAGUACUUCAGCAACGCGCACCUCGUCCCCUACGACGACGCCGUGAACGUCUACGCCCACAACCUGGCCUACUGGCUCCUCGCCAACAUAUACUCGCCCGAUCGGAGCCGUAUCAGGAACAGCACGCUGUGGUCGGGACCCAUGGGCACCUACAGCGAUAUCUCCGUGUGGCAGGAGCGGAACACCUAUAUCAUGAACGAACUCCUCUGUCAGGUCGACCCCGGACACGGCUUUCUGUGCAGGUUAGCCGUGGACGAGAGUAUCCCGGACGAGGAAAGUACAGAGUUUGGCCUUCAGCUACCCCACGAAGGCUGCCCUUGCCCGUCCACCCAGAAGCCGUGGCUGUGCAACUGGGCGCUGCACAUCCGCCGAGAGGCCGCGAGAGAUAUUUAUUUGCAGCUCAUGGAUAUGAGCAACGGCAUCCUUGACGAGGCCAACUAUAAACUACAACAGGAGGUGAUCAACCACUGUGGGAAUAUAUCGAAGCUUACUGCUGCUAAUGCUAUUGCUGACAAGGGCCCAUCCGCGCCGGAGGCGCUUCCCGUGCUCGAGAUCCAACACCCGCUGGGGGAUGCGCUCGUUGACCGUGGGUGGGUUUUGGGGUGGGAUGCCGGAGUGAUGGCUGAGCUUUUUGCGUGUCGUGUUCUUGAUGAGGAUGACGAGCCACUUGGUAGCGCACGCCACGUGAGUAGAGCCUCUCUCUUGCCGUGGGCGGUCUUCAUCCUCAUGCAUGACUCGGGGCUGACCCUGCGGCGGGCACGAGAGAUCCUCGCACUCUUCGCCUCCAAAGUCGUUCGCCACUACCCAGAUUGGCGAGAUUUCAGGCCGCAGCUCUUGACCGGGUACGAUGCUUGCGAGCGCCUUGCCGCAGUAGCCAGCCUGCGGCCACUGUAUAUCCCUGACUGGGUGAACAAGACGCUCGGCCCACUGCUGAACAUCACCGACUUCAACACGAAGACACGGAUAAAGUACACACUUUGGCAGAAGCAGGACCGGGGCCGGGUAAACAGCGUGUGGGCCAACGUAGUCACAGCGACCGACGCACAGUUCCAGGCGUUGAGGGAGAGCGGAGACACGCGGUGUCCUAUCUGUCUCGAGGAAUUUGACGACCACGACUCGGCCCUACCAAAGAAUCCCGUGCAGAACUGGCAUUGUUAUUGCCGCGGCAACAAGCACUGGAUCAACAUGACGUGUCUAACCAAGUUCGCGAGGACGCUGUACAACCUGGCGGAUGAGGAUGCCGCGCCCCCUCCUCGCUGUCCCAUCUGCCGCACCACAUUCGAAGAUUCGGAGUCGGAAUCAGACGAGACCGAAUUCGACAGUGAUGAGGUGUUUUAG